AUGAUGAUGAUGAUGAUGAUGAUGAUGAUGAUGAUGAUGAUGAUGAUGAUGAUGAUGAUGAUGAUGAUGAUGAUGAUGAUGAUGAUGAUGAUGAUGAUGAUGAUGAUGAUGAUGAUGAUGAUGAUGAUGAUGAUGAUGAUGAUGAUGAUGAUGAUGAUGAUGAUGAUGAUGAUGAUGAUGAUGAUGAUGAUGAUGAUGAUGAUGAUGAUGAUGAUGAUGAUGAUGAUGAUGAUGAUGAUGAUGAUGAUGAUGAUGAUGAUGAUGAUGAUGAUGAUGAUGAUGAUGAUGAUGAUGAUGAUGAUGAUGAUGAUGAUGAUGAUGAUGAUGAUGAUGAUGAUGAUGAUGAUGAUGAUGAUGAUGAUGAUGAUGAUGAUGAUGAUGAUGAUGAUGAUGAUGAUGAUGAUGAUGAUGAUGAUGAUGAUGAUGAUGAUGAUGAUGAUGAUGAUGAUGAUGAUGAUGAUGAUGAUGAUGAUGAUGAUGAUGAUGAUGAUGAUGAUGAUGAUGAUGAUGAUGAUGAUGAUUAGUUGA